UCAAGCGGCUGUCCCUCGAGUCGCUGCGACCUGCAACGUGAGGAAAACAUGGGGAGGCAGUUAGUUUGACGUCUAAGUGUUGUUUAUCUAAUUUCACCUAACACUUAAAUGAGCCAUUUGUGAGCGAAGGUGUGACUUAUAACCACACUAGGCCUCCGUAAGUGAGCUAGCUUUACUCGCUCGGUUACUUGUCGGUGGUUUUACUAGCCUUUAGCCGGCUAACAGCAUGGAUAACACGGGGGAAAAUGCGAUUGAGCUCCACGGUGAUGAGGAAAUUAUUGAAGUCAUCGACCUGAACGAGACUGAGCCUGGUCCUGAUGAUUUGGCUGAUGACUUGGAGGACGUUGACUUUGAAGAAGACCCUGGAGUCGCAGACGAUGAAGGCUGGGAGACGGAGGACGAGAUGGAAGCUGAGGCAGAGCAAGAUGACAGCGAGUUCACCUUCUCCAAACACACUGGCUCAGUGUUUUGCGUGAGUUUGGAUCCUGCCACGAACAGCAUGGCAGUAACGGGAGGAGAGGAUGAUAAGGCCUACGUUUGGAGGGUGAGCGACGGAGAAGUUCUGAUGGAGUGCACAGGUCACAAAGACUCUGUGACAUGUGCAGUGUUCAGCCAUGACUCCUCCAUGGUGGCUACGGGUGACAUGAGUGGCAUGAUUAAAGUCUGGAAAGUAGAAAGCAAGGAGGAGAUCUGGUCCUUUGAAGUGGGAGAUCUGGAGUGGUUGGAGUGGCAUCCGUGCGCUCCGGUGCUGCUGGCGGGGACUGACGACGGCAACAUGUGGAUGUGGAAGAUCCCUUCAGGAGACUGUAAAACCUUCCAGAGCUCCGCAUGCCAGGCCACCAGUGGCAAAGUCCUCCCCGAUGGUAAGCGGGCUGUGGUGGGUUAUGAGGAUGGAACAGUACGUGUGUGGGAUUUGAAGCAGGGAAACGCCAUCCACAUCGUUAAAGGACAGGACGGACACCAGGGGGCGCUGACCUGCCUGUCGUGCAACAAGGACGGCUCUCUGGUGCUGACGGGUUCAGUGGACGGCUGUGCGAAGCUCAUCAACACGGCCACAGGCAAGGUGGUCGGAUCAUUCCCUGCGGACGGAGGCAAAGCCAAAGGAUCUGAAGACGGAGAAGAAUCCAACUCUGUCGAAUCUGUGGGAUUCUGCAACAUCCUGCCUCUCAUAGCUGUGGCGUACCUGGACGGGACUCUGGCCAUUUACGACCUCUCCACACAGGUCCUGAGGCACAGGUGCCAACAUGAGGCUGGCAUCGUUCACCUGCAGUGGGAGGAGUCUUCUUCUGUGGUGUCCACUUGCUGCUUAGACGGAGCACUGCGUCUAUGGGACGCUCGUUCCGGAAACAUUGUGUCCGAGUACCGCGGCCACACUGCGGAGAUCCUCGACUUCACCAUCAACAGGGAAGCGUCUCUUGUAGUAACCGCGUCAGGAGACAACCAGGCGAAAGUCUUCUGCCUCCAAAGACCUGAUCGGUAAAGAGAGCAGGAAGAGGAAGAGAGAGAUGAAAAGAAGAGGAGAGGAAAUAUAUUUCAGGAGAAAUAGACUUUUCAUGAUCAGACUUUUUGUUCUCCAGUAAUGGAGAACGUGUUUCCCUUCUCCUUUAGGAUUUUAAAAUGUCGUCUGGUCUCACCAUCUUCUACGUCCUGAGUUUCACAUCUGAUUCUUUAAAACAUCAUUACUUUCUUCCAAGUGUGCUUUUGCUCAAGGACCUUAGAGACUAAACAAAGAAAAAUUCAAAGAGUGAUACAUCACAGUCCUUUGCCUUUGACAUCCCUUUUAAUGUUCUCGCCAAAAUGUUUUAGCCAUAAAACAGAAAAGAGGAGUUUCCUUUGGUUAAGAUUAUAAUUUUUUCCUUAAUUGGAGUUUUUUGUUCCCUAAAUAAGUGCUAGUUUACUUCUUGAGGGUGUGUGCAUGUGGUCUUCCAGCUCUCAGACAGAUUGUUCAGUCAGAAAUUAUCUCGCCAGUUUUUCUUGAUGUAGACUCAAGUGUAAAUACCAAAUAAUAAAUAAUAUACUUUGUUCUGGGUAACUUUGAAAAAUCAUUUUCAGCUGAGGACUGUCAUUUGUGACUAAUGUCCGCCCCCCACCUCUUAAAACACAUAAACCUCAUCUGAGAAAAUA